GAGACUUCAGCGGCUGUAACCCUAAGAAAUUGCUGAGAGAGAGACGUUCUGAAUUCUGAUUCUCACACCCACCGAGUUCUCUUGUUGCACUGUUACUCUUCUCAGAUGAUGAAAUCAACACCUCCCAUGUCGACUGAGCUCAUCCUGGAGAUAAUCUCGAGAUUGCCUGGAGAUGCAGUCGCGAGGUUUCGUUGCGUGUCGAAGCAAUGGGCUUCAUUGUUUGCUACUCCAUACUUCAAGUCCUUGUUUCUGACCAAGUCCUCGUCUAAGCCGCGGCUCUUAUUCGCCAUCGCAGACGACGGUAACCCCAAAAGCUGUGGCGAGUGGUGCUUCUUCUCCUCGCCUCAGCUUGAGGAUCCGUAUGAGAAAUCAUCCUCCUCGGCUCUUGUAUCGGCCGCCGAGUUUCAUGUGAAGAAGUUCUCUCUAGAGGAUAUACAGCUCGAUCAUUACAGUAACAUCAAGUACUUUUCAUGUGGCUACAACUCUGGCUUGGUCUAUUUCCAUGGUUGUCGAUACCAGGGAAGACCUGUCAUCUGUAACCCAAACACUGGACGGUACGCGGUCUUACCUAAACGCUAUACUUACAGAAAAGCUUUUAGCUUUUUCGGAUUUGAUCCGAUUGGGAAGCAGUACAAGGUAUUGUACAUGGCCUAUGCUUCUGGUCCUGGUCAUCAUUAUGUUCUUACGUUUGGAGCUGCUUCUGAUAUGAGCUGGAGAAAGAUUAAAUGUCCCUUGCGACAUGAGAUUAGGAGUGAUGGGGUUUGUAUCAACGGUGUUGUGUACUACUUAGGUGACACCAAGGGUUGGGAUAACAUAAAUGGUGCAACAUUGUCUGAUUAUGUGAUUGUUUGCUUCCAUGUGAGGUCUGAAAAGUUCAGCUUUAUUUUCGUUGAAAGGUUUUGUCGAUUGAUCAACUUUAAGGGCAAAUUAGCUAUGAUUUACUGGGAGGAUGAUUUCGACAUUUAUCAGGCUGCUACUUAUGAGUUGGAUGUCGACAACUAUUUGGAAAAGAAUCUCGUCGCUGAUGCCAAUAAUGAGUUGCAUGUGUGGGUUUUAGAGGAUGUAGCGAAGCAGGAUUGGUCGAAACAUACCUACACUUGGAGUACCGAUAAGGUUUUCUUCCGUCGUCACGUUUACAUCGCUGGAGCGACUGCUUCGGGUGAAAUCGUGUUUUCCAUGCGCAAGUAUACAUCUGGCCAACCGUUUUAUGUUUUCUACUUCAAUCCCGAGAGGAACAUUCUCCAGCGUGUUGAAAUCCAAGGUUUUGGUGAAGGGUUUGAGAAACCUUGUAGCGUUCGCACCUUUGUUAACCACGUUGAGGAUCUUCAUGUUAACGAUUCAGACCUACUCAAGCCAUUCCAUGCUCCACUUGGGGAUACAGACUAUAUAGAAUCAGAUUCAGAUUCUGACAGAGAAGGGACAAGGGGAAGAAGAAAGAGAUGGUUCAUUGGACUUUGUUGAAAGCUAUGAGCAUGUCAUUGGAGUUAUCUGGGCGUUUAUGCUCUUUUUAAUAAGUACCUUUCUUUAAGACUAUUUAAUAAAUCAAGUUUGAUCAUGGCUUCCUGGCCAUCUUGAUUAGCUUCUUUGUGUUCAUCAUCUCUUUCUUGUGAUAAGACUAUUUAGAUUGGAUAUCAAAAGAUACUUUAUGUUGUAGAAACUAGUUGAAUGCAUGUUAUGGUUGAUGAAUACUCCAA